AUUAUCUACCUCGUCCUCAGUUCUGCGAAGUUUUUAAAUGACCGUGAACAGGCAUAACGAUGGUAGAUACACAACACUUUUGCCUGCGAUGGAAUAAUUACCAAAGCAGCAUCACAUCGGCGUUCGAAAACCUACGGGAUGACGAGGACUUUGUGGACGUCACGCUGGCGUGCGACGGCAAGAGUCUCAAGGCACAUCGGGUCGUCCUCUCGGCCUGUAGUCCCUACUUCAGGGAGCUUCUCAAGAGCACACCAUGCAAGCACCCGGUGAUAGUACUGCAGGACGUUGCCUUCAGCGACCUGCACGCCCUGGUCGAGUUCAUCUACCACGGCGAGGUGAACGUCCACCAGCGCUCCCUCAGCAGCUUCCUCAAAACGGCCGAGGUGCUCAGGGUGUCGGGCCUCACGCAACAGGCCGACCACUCCGACAGAGACGAGUUGUCGCACGUGCGAGCGCUAGCGGCUGGCAACCACCUGCCGGUCAACCACGAGAAGCAACAACAGCAACAGCUCUCGGAUGAGGGCUUCCCGCGAGGCGGCUCGCCACCGACCCCGGCCACCCCGACCCCGACGACGGUCCAACAGCUGAUACGCCGCGCCCAAAUCCGGCGCAACGAGAGAAACACCCCGGACCCCCACGACGACCCCGCCAAGCGGCCGCGCAUCCUCUCGCCGCCCCUGAACAACAACGACGCCGCCCCCACGGACUUUUCGAUGGUCAAGAGCAACCACCUAUCCGCGGCGCACCACCACCACCAGCAGCAGCAGCAGCAGCACCACCACCAGCAGCUCAUCGCCAAGAUAGAGAACAAUGGGCUCCUGCACGAGGAAAACGGGCCGCUCGACGUUGGUGGCAACAACAACUCGGCCGGUGGCUGCGAGCUUGGGACGAACGUCAAGUGCGAGCCCCUCGAGUUGACCGGGGGCAACAACAACAACGGCUCGGGCUGCCUGAGGCUGGGAGACGGCAAUCAGCUGCACCACCAGGGCCAACAGCACCACAACGAGGACAGCUCGGACUCGGGGGCCGCGGCUUCGGAUCGGCCGCCGGCCUCGGCGAGCAGCAACGAGCACGAGCACGAGUCCGAGCACCCCCACACGCCCAAUUACCUCGCCGAUACCAAGCUCUUCGGCACGACGCCCGGUAGCUUCAACUUCAGCAUGGCCGCGCUCGCCCAGACCGAGCACCCGCCCCUGUCAGUAAAAUUUCCAGGCUUGGGCCACGGACUGCAGACACCGGAUCUGGCAGGCACCUCACAAGGUGCUCAGGGACCGCCUUCGGCGAUUCUAGCCAUGCGGCUGUCGCACCCCUUGCACGGUAGCCUCCUGCCGCCGGGGGUCUGUUACACCUGCGACGUGUGCGGCAAAACGCUCUCGACGAAGCUCACGCUCAAACGUCACAAGGAGCAGCAGCACUUCCAGCCGCUCAAUAGCGCCGUCUGCGGCCUCUGCCACAAGGUCUUCCGGACCCUCAACAGCCUCAACAACCACAAGAGCAUCUACCACCGCCGCCAAAAGUAGAACAGGAGCAGCCUCGCGACGACGCCGCCUCCCCCGCCACCACCACCGCGUCGGCAACAAUAACUCGAUUGCCCACACCACUGCUUUCGAUAUAUACAUAUGCG